CGCAACAACUUGUUUGCACUUUCUCUCUCUCUCUGGCCAUCAAACCAUCUAAUCUAAACUCAUCCUCAGCUGGUUCUUGUAUCCCUAUUUUUUUCGGUGAUGGCCCUCUUGGGUUGUCCUCGUUUCCAUUGAUAAGCAAGCACCCACUUCAAAUAUUUUUCCUGAUAACUUAUACUAGUCUUCUGUACUAAUUUGUGUAGCAGCAGCUGGAGGGCAGAUUCUUUCUUCUUUAAACUGUUAGGUUUCAGUUAAAAAUUCAACUCAUAAUGGAUCUGUGCAGCGUUUUGUGUGUAUUGCUUAUUGUAUUUUUCUCUGUUUGCUUGGCCAUUAUAUGUCUCAGUGAUUCUGACAUUAUUACAUUUCUUUCCUGCUACUUGGGAAAACAACCGGUUGACGCAUUCAAGGACUCUGUCGUCUGGAUAACUGGAGCAUCCUCGGGAAUCGGGGAAGGGAUAACGAAAGAGUUGUCAAAAUGUGAAGGAUCAAAAAUUGUCAUAUCGGCACGCCGGGAAGAUGAGCUUAAACGAGUCAAAGCGGAUUGUCUCGCUGCCAACCCGUCCAGAAACCAAAAUUCCAUUUUAAUUUUGCCGUUGGAUAUGACGAAUUACGCUUCACAUGAACCAGCCCUGAAGAAAGUGUUACAAACGUUUGGGAAGUUAGAUGUACUCGUAUCCAAUGCUGGUCGUUCACAGAGGGCUAAAUGGCAUGAAAUUGAGCAGGAAGUGGAUAAGCAACUCUUUGACCUGAAUGUCUUCUCGCUUGUCAACAUGAAUAGAAUAGUGUUGCGACACUUUUUUGAAGCAGGCAAAGGACAUUUGGCAGUGAUUUCGAGCAUCGCUGGAAAAAUAGGGGCACCAAACUCUGGCUCUUACACCGGAAGCAAAUUUGCUUUGCACGGAUAUUUUGAGAGUUUACGUAAUGAGAUAAGAAAUCGAAACAUUGGAAUUACAAUGAUAUGCCCUGGACCAGUAUUCUCUAGUGUCCUGAAGGAGGCAUUUACAUCUAAAAUUAAUCAGAAAGUGGAUCAAGAUCACUCCCCCAGUGAUAAAAGAAUGACUCCUGAGCGUUGCGGCUUCCUGAGUUUGGUAGCAAUCGGGAACCAGCUAGAAGAGAGUUGGUGUUCACCAUUUCCAAUUAUUUUUCUGACCUACCUAUCUGCGUAUCAGCCAUACAUUUUCUCAAAAUUGUCCCAAUUGAUGCACUCCACUGGAUAUUUCACAAAAUUACGAGAUAACAAAAACAUUACAGAGCUAACAAACAAGGAAAAUUGAGUACUUUUAAUGAUCAGAAUCCAAAACAUUCAAUCAAAUCAACUCAAAGUCUGAUACAGUUUUGAUGAAAAUUAUUAUUGAGAUAAUGUUACUAAAAGAGCUUCAAGAACACUUUCAGACAUAAAUUACAAUUUAUGUUGCAACGAACUUUCUUGAAUUAUUGGAAAAGCUUUAUUAAAUCGAUAGGAAUUAUUGUUAUGUCAUUACAAUAGUUACUGUUAUAGUCAUUAUGUUAGUAAAUUAGUACAUCUGUUUGAGAUUUGUUGCCAACUGCUGAAAAACUUGUUUAAUCUUGGUAAAUGAGGGUCUUGCAUUUGGUGCUGAAUUCCAACAAGCCAGCAUAACUUGGUAUCUUGUAAAUAUGAAAAUAAUUUAGAUUUAAAUAAAUUAUAACUAAAUAUGAUUUAA